AGGCCUCCGCCCCCGCCCAGCACCAGUGAGAUCCGGUUCCCGUCCUCCUCCCCACCCUCGGAGCCCCAAGCCAGGGCCGGGCCGGGCCGGGGAGCAGAGCUCGGGCUGGGGAGGUACGGCCAGGCGCCCUCGAGAGGGGCCGGGUGGGGACGCGGCAUUCCUGGAGUCCGCUUGGCGGAGCCAGGAGGUGGCUGAGAACGCGGCGGGGAGCCUGGACAACCCUCAGACCUGGACGGGCGGCCACCUGGAGCCACGGCGAGGCGGGGUCCCAGGGAACCCGCGGACACAGAGCCCCGCGCCAGAGUCGGGGCGAACGAGUCCGAGGCGGGCAGCGAGGGUGCGGGGAGGGGGAGCCGCGGCGCAAGGCAGGAGGGGGCCAGGAGAGGAAGAGGGAGGGAGAGAGGCAGAGGGGGAGCCCUCGGCCGAACAGCGGGAGGCGAGGAGGAGGCCGACACCUCGGGCCGCGCUGAACUCCUUCCUCGGCCCGCCGGGAGGGGAGGAGGGCGCGCGAGAGGAGGGCGGAGGGCAGAGCAAACCUAGCUGGGCCGGGCCGGGCCGGGCUGCGGGACUCCGGCUACUAGGCUGCGCGCGGCGUGGCCGGAGCCCUCCCUGCUGCCCACCGCCUGGCAGCCAGAGACAGGUAGGCGCUGCGGGGUGGCCGGGGCCCCAGGCCCGCGGUGGCCUGGGAGUGAUUACUGCGGGAGGGAGUUGUGGGGGAGACGCAGCCUGGCCGGACCCAGCAGGAAAAAGUCCGUCAGAGGCCCGGGAGCGCCGAGACUGCCGGCAGCCCCUCGAGCGGCUGCCUGGCUAGGCGGCCUAUGGCAGGAGGGCGGGCCAGGCAGGGAGUGGACGCGCCGGAGCGGGCAGCGGCUCAGCGGAGCUUCGAAGCCCGGCGCCCGGACCCCGCCUCCGCCCCCGCCGCCGCGGGGAAGGGAGCGAACGGGGGGGCGGGGCCGGGGGCGCCGGGGCCACACAAGGGGAAGGCGCCACCGCCGCCGGGAGGGGUCCGGGAUGGAGAGGUCACGGUCGAGAAGGUAGGGCCAGCGGACUACCAACUCCCACCGCCUCAGUUCUCGAAGCUGAUCCCCUUAAGCAAAGUCCGCGUAGCUUCUUCAAAGUCCCCACACCCAUGUUCUCACCUACCUUUCUAUUAUACUGGGGUGCAGAAGGCUUCCCUCUAGGAGCCCCCCAACCCCCGUGUUCUCCAGAGCCUAGGAGCAGGAAGAACCUGCCAAAAGAAGGAAGGCAGACAGGAGGAUGGAUGUAUGGCAGCGGCAGUCCGAAUCUUAGAGAAAGACUAGAGGGGACUCGUGGGGGAUGUUAGCUUGCCUAUGCACGGUGCUGUGGCACCUCCCUGCAGUGCCAGCUCUUAAUCGCACAGGAGAUCCAGGCCCUGGCCCCUCCAUCCAGAAAACCUAUGACCUCACCCGCUACCUGGAGCAUCAACUCCGCAGCUUAGCUGGGACCUACCUGAACUACCUGGGGCCCCCUUUCAACGAGCCUGACUUCAAUCCUCCUCGGCUGGGGGCAGAAACUCUGCCCAGGGCCACGGUCAACUUGGAAGUAUGGCGAAGCCUCAAUGACAGGCUGCGGCUGACCCAGAACUAUGAGGCCUACAGUCACCUCCUGUGUUACUUGCGGGGCCUCAACCGUCAAGCUGCCACAGCUGAACUACGACAUAGUCUGGCCCAUUUCUGUACCAGCCUCCAGGGCCUGCUGGGCAGCAUUGCAGGAGUCAUGGCAACUCUUGGCUACCCAUUGCCCCAGCCUCUGCCAGGGACUGAGCCAGCCUGGGCCCCUGGUCCUGCCCACAGUGACUUCCUCCAGAAGAUGGAUGACUUCUGGCUGCUGAAGGAGCUGCAGACCUGGCUAUGGCGUUCAGCCAAGGACUUCAACCGGCUUAAGAAGAAGAUGCAACCUCCUCCGGCAGCUUCAGUCACUCUGCACUUGGAGGCCCAUGGUUUCUGACCUCUGACCCUUAACCCCUGGCACCUCCAGCCCCAGUCAGCUGUGCUUCCAUUGUGGGGUGAAAAAUCCUGUAUACCAACAUUUGUUGAGCCAGGAGCCAGACCAUGGAAGCUCAGCCUUGGUUGGGGAGUGUAACUCAAUAAGCCCUCUAGCUCCUAGGGUCCUAGGUCUGGGGAAAACAAUGGGCAUCAAGAGGUAAUGCCUGACGGAGCCAAAUGGCUCAGUGGGUAUAAAGGUUCUCCCUGCCUCCUGCUUUCUGCUUGCCACUUGCCAGUAUCCACUCAGUUCCUCACGUGGCAUUUGCAGAAGCACACCUGGAGGGUAUGGGUGGGGGCCACUGUAGCAUGUGCCUUUCUGGGAUAAGGCCCCUUGGCUUCCCUCCCUCUCCUUGGAUGGGUAUUGCUCCCCUACCCCAGUAACUACAUAUCCAGUUCAGGAAACAAAGCAACCAGUCUAAAGAAAAGUGUUAUAGUAAGUGGAGGGGAUAGGGUCUAUACUGGAGGUGGCCUAGAAACCAGAAGAUGUAAUCCUAGAAGAAAGGGGCAGGGACAGACCAGACCCAGCAGUUACCAAGACAGUUGGUAGCACAGGGCGGGAAACAAAAGCCAUGUGGAACAUUAGCACCUUGCCUUGAAUUUUCUUGCCAGCAUCUUGGUGCCUCCUCUCUGCCCCCUUUCCCAGGGUAUCUGUGGUUGCCUGGGCUGGGGAGGGCAGCCAUAGCCAUAGCCACAGGGUUUCCUGAAAGUUUACAUUGCAGUAGCAUUGUGGGGUGAGGGGAUGGCUCCCCCAGGCUCUAUCCCCAGCCCCACCCACUCAUGACUCUAAGUUUGUUGUAUUAAUAUUUAUUUAUUUGGAGAUGUUAUUUAUUAGAUGAUAUUUAUUGCAGAAUUUCUAUUCUUGUAUUAACAAAUAAAAUGCUUUCCCCAGAACUUG